AUGUGUGCGCACCAAUCACUCUUACCCCCGUCACCCCUUCUUUUCUCUCUCCAAGUCAAUUGCAACGUCCCAUUCUCGGGCCGCUUGAUCAUCGUACUUAAGCGCGACCUCACCCUUCCCUUCCAGUGGGCGUUCCGGUUGCCGACCCAUGCUCGAUGGGAGAAGAUCCCGCUCCCUGGGAAGGGCCCUGGCUAUGCGCGAAUCCUCAACGACACCACCAAGCAAUUCAACCUGAGGGCGUUCCUCAAGGGCGAGGGGGACAUCUGGACAGUGACCCCCGAGCUACUGUUCAAGGACCCUCAAAUUCGAAAGGCGCUUACCAGCGAGGAGUUUCGCCGUCCUCUUAUUUGCUGCAUAAUGGAUGAGGCGCACACCAUCGUCGACUGGGGGCAAAACUUCAGGAAGACGAUCUCGCGUCUCGGGGUUGUGGACAGCAUGCUGGGCGGCCACAUCCCUUGGGCUGUGGUAUCCGCUACCUUGACCAAGCGCCACUUUGAAGCGGCACUGAAGAGUCUACAUUCUCUUUUCGGCAGUCAUAGAGCUUUGCUCCCUGGCAACAUCGCUCCAAGGUCCAUCACCACCACUCAAACGCAGCACACGCAUGUGCUAUUAUCUUCACAGAAUUGCUUUCAAGAUCCUUCUUACCUCACCAACAAAAAGAGGCUUGCGUCUACAGGAGUCAUGUCCCAGAAGGAUAUUCAACUUUCCCAGUUUCAGCAAGGGAUACUACCUUCAUCUUCAUUCGAAGACAAACUAGACCUUGUGAUUCCUCGACAUCAGAAGAAAGUCAGCUUUGUGUUCUACGUCUGA